UUCUAGGUACUGCCCCUUCCCGGUGACGUCUCUGUAGCGGGUUAUAAAAGCCUCAAGCGCAACGCCUGCCGAGGUUCUGCUAACUCCCGAGCUCAGCAGGACCGGAGGCAAGAGGCGCCUGCGAAGCUGCAAGCGGCGGCGGCAGCGGCGGCAGCGAAAGCAAAGGAAAAAUCUCCAGCUGGACACGGGACCCUCUCCCGGACAUAGACUCAGAACUUUUACAGAUCUCUCUGUGACGGAUCCCCCUGGUCCCAAGUACUUACGCAGCACAGAGCUUGGCGUUUCCCGCUGCAGGAAGGGGGAGUAGGGGCUGCCAGGAGCAGCAGGUGCAGAAAGGCAGGGUUCUCCUGCCGCUUGGAAACGCGACUCCUGAAUUUCUUGUCCUCUCAACGCAGGAGAGACGCUCUCCCCAAAUUUCUGAACUCCAAAUGCUUCUCGAGGCUUGAAAUUGGAGGAAUUCAGAGCCACGAGGGGCAGGCAGACAGCGCAUCCAGAAGCGUUUAUUUUCUGAGCGCCAAGUCUCCUGCUUGCAAGGAGAGAGUUCUGCCCAGAAAGAGCCUUCCACCCUCCUGUCUCCGUUAAGCAAGCCUCCGAACCUCAGGCGGCGGCACAGGGCCCUGCUGCAAAGGGGGUGUGUGCACAGAGGAAGACUUAGCCGCCUAGCAGCGGAAUGGAUAACGUCCUCCCAGGGGACUCAAACCUCUCACCAAACAUCUCCACCAACACCUCGGAGCCCAACCAGUUCGUGCAGCCGGCCUGGCAAAUCGUCCUCUGGGCAGCUGCCUACACGAUCAUAGUGGUGACUUCCGUGGUGGGCAACGUGGUGGUGAUGUGGAUCAUCUUGGCCCACAAGAGAAUGAGGACAGUGACCAACUAUUUCCUGGUGAACCUGGCCUUCGCGGAGGCCUCCAUGGCCGCGUUCAACACAGUGGUGAACUUCACCUACGCUGUCCACAACGAGUGGUACUACGGCCUGUUCUACUGCAAGUUCCACAACUUCUUCCCUAUCGCUGCUGUCUUUGCCAGCAUCUACUCCAUGACGGCUGUGGCCUUCGAUAGGUACAUGGCGAUCAUCCAUCCCCUCCAGCCUCGGCUGUCGGCCACAGCCACCAAGGUGGUCAUCUGCAUCAUCUGGGUGCUGGCUCUCCUGCUUGCCUUCCCCCAGGGCUACUACUCAACCACGCUAACCAUGCCCAACAGAGUCGUGUGCUUGAUCGAAUGGCCCGAGCAUCCUCAAAAAAUUUACGAGAAAGUGUGAGUAGUGACCACUUCCUGCUCUGAAGUCACUAUGGUAUGAGGUGCCUUCCUGGUCUUUCCGUGUUCCUUUGUCAGUUAGGAUUCAGUUUG